AUGACACAACAAAAGUCUGUUCGCUUCUCUGGUAUGAUUGGAUUCAGUGACAAUCGCACUGGAUAUCUACCGUUUGAGAAUCGUAACGACGCUGAAGAAUCCAGCACGGCGUUUCAACGAUGGAAUGUAAAGCCUCAACCUCCAGCGCGCACAGGUUCAUUUCCAUACUGCAGGCCCAUUACUAUGCCAGUAUGCAAUCUUCCUCCUACGCUUCCGCAACGCCGAAGAACCAUGGAAUACAGUCAAAUGAGCAGAGCCGAGGAUGACUCCAUCCUGUAUGCUCCUCAAAAUGAUUCUUUGGACAUUUCAGGACGAUCCUUGGACAGUAUGAUGCCAAGGGCCGUCAAACUUGCAGAGACAUCUAGCUGGUUCUCACUAAUGUCAAGAGACGGUGAUGAUAAGUCUGCUCCGGUGAUGCCCAAGCGAAAACUGUCUGGCAACCUUGAUACACCACCCACGAGUCCCGACAGCAGUACCAAUGGGGAUGGGAGUGUAGUGCAUGGCAGUACUGCUGCCCAAUGGGAAUACAAUGUACCGUCGUCACCUGUGUUCGAAUAG